UGCAAAUCCCGAUUCAAGAAACUGCCACCGUUUUUUUCAGAGUUUAUUUAAUGCCACAACCGUUAGCACUAACGUCUUGGACCCACAUGAUUGGUCAAACUUUUUUGACUUUGUCCAGAUUACUUACACGUGUCUUAUGUGGACGGCUCAAGAUGUCGAGCAUGAGAUUAUUACACGUAGCACAGGCUAAAUGACUAUUUUAUCCUUCGUGGGAUUGAAAACAGUUUGCAACUUUGUAUCGUUUCAUUUUUUUUCUAGGGUUUGCUCGUUCUCUCUGUCCGCUCUGUUCUCUAGUGGAAGAAAUUAGGGUUUGGGUCAGUUUUCAGCGGGAUUUUGCUUAGGUUUAGUGUCUGAGUAAAGGGUUGGGGAGCGAUCGAGAUUCAGAAAAAGAAGGGGAAGGACAAGCAGCAGAUAUGGUAUGAUUGCAAACCCUAAUUUCGUUUUUCUGAGUUGAAUUAGGGGUUUUCUCUUAGGUUUUUGUUUCUCUUUCUUGUACUUUUUUUCUCUUGCUCUAUGUCCGCUCUGUUCUCUAGUGGAAGAAAUUAGGGUUUGGGUCAGUUUUCAGCGGGAUUUUGCUUAGGUUUAGUGUCUGAGUAAAGGGUUGGGGAGCUGAAGAUGAAGAAGAAUAAGGGGAAGCACAAGCAGCGGAUAUGUGACCAUACAUAUUAUCCAUAUAGAGAUAUCAGUGUGUUUGUUGUGAAUAGUAAACUUAAUUUGCUAUUCCCUCACAUGGAUAGAGAUAGAAUUGACCUUAAGGAAUUUGAGAAGAUGUUGCGUGUUAAGUUGCAUCUUGAUGAAACAGAAAUUCCAAAUUUAUAUUGGACCAUAGACCCAUGUCUGCCUGAGUAUUUGGUUACAAAUGAAGACUUGUUUAAGUUUUGGGAGCAUGCUGUACCUGAUGAUAAAGGGUUCAUAUGUUUACAAAUGAGUGUAAUGAAUUCAGAAUUUAGGAAUGACAAUGACUUCAUUAAGGAUGGUCAAGCCACUGUUGUUGGUUCUAGCAGUACACCAGUUGAUAGCUUUAAUCAUGAUUACUGGGUUGAUGAAGUAAACAACACUGCUGCAGGGGAUAACACUGAUGCAGGGGAUAAGACUGAUGCAGGGGAUAAGGCUAAUGCAGGGGAUAAGACUGAUACAGGGGAUAAGACUGAUGCAGGGGAUAAGGCUAAUGCAGGGGAUAAGACUGAUACAGGGGAUAAGACUGAUGCAGGGGACAAUAGUGAUGGUGAUGAUGAGGACAAUGUGGUGCUAGAGAACACUACUGUAGAUGAAUGUCACCCCAUUGAAGACCCAAAUGCUCCACCAAUCUUUGACAGUGAUGAAGAAAAUGAUAUUGAUUAUGAAGAUAUUGUCAAGACAUACAAAGUUGGAGAUGAAAGCAGUGAUUCAAGCAGUAGUGAAGAAGACAAUGAAGAAGUUUCUAAUGAUGACAAGAAUAAUGAUAAGGAUAAUGAUGGUCCUGAAGUAAAUGAUGAUAAAUAUUCCAAACCAAAGCUUGAUUACCAGAAGUGGAAAGAAAUGUUCAAUAUGCACAGUGAUGAAGAAGAAGAACCAUUAUUCCCUGUAGAAGAAGAGGUGACUCCUGUUGAUCCUACUAAGAUGGAGAAGGUUAAUCUAGAACACACUUGUGUUGCGGAUCCAAAGAGUUUUAACAGAUCCGCGGAUCCUGAGUUCGUAAAAGAUGUGGUACAUGAGAAGUUAAAGCAGACAGCUGGGGCCUUAAUUCCAAAGCCUAAACACAUUGCAAGAGACUUUUUUGUAACUCAUAACAUCAAUAUACCUUAUAUUUGUGCAUGGAAGGCUAGAAAUCUUCUUUUAGAAGAUCUGUUUGGUAAUUAUGAAGACAGCUACAAGGAUGUACCCAUCUUUUGUGCAAUGGUGGCUCAUACUAAUCCAGGGUCUGUUGCUAAAUACACUUAUGGGAAAAGAGAUAAGACAUUCAUGAGCAUGACUAUUUCAUUUGCUGCACCAAUGAGAGGAUUUCAGAAAGCUUGCAGGGGAGUCAUAGGUUUAGAUGCAUGCCAUCUAACUGGAAAGCGUGGUGGUGUUCUAAUGGCUGCAACAGCAAUUGAUGGUCAGAAUUCUCUGGUGCCUUUAGGCAUUAAGGUGGCUAAGAGUGAAACCAAGGAGAGCUGGACUGGGUUCCUCAAGGAUUUGGCUCCAGCAAUCAAUGCACAUCAUGCUGGCAGAAUUACCUUUAUUUCUGAUAGGCAAAAAGGGUUGUUGGAAUCUGUUCCAAAGGUUUUCCCUGGUGCAAGAGUUAGAUAUUGCUUCAGGCACUUGUACAAGAACUUCAAGAAGUACCACAAGGCACCAACCUUGCACAACUUAUUGUGGAAUGCAUGCAAAGCUUACAAAGUGAGGCAUUUUCAGGAGCACUUUGACAACAUAUGCAAAGAAAGUCCGGCUGCUGGUGAAUAUCUUAGGAAAGAAGAUCCAAGUACUUGGCAUGAUGUAUGGUCAGUUAGUAAUGGGUUUUUAUUUAAGAGAAGGGAAGAAUCUGCUAAGUGGAAUCAAAAUGAUUUGGUCCCUGCUGCUGUUAAGUUGAUAAAUAAGAUGCUUGACUUGGUUGGGAAGUUUGAUACAGAAGGAAGUGUGGUUGGACAGGUUUAUUUGGUAACUAAUGUGUCUACCAAGAAAAUUUUCACAGUGAACAUUGUAGACAAACAAUGCACUUGUUUGCAAUGGCAGCUAAGGGGAUUCCCUUGUCAACAUGCUGUAUGUGCAUUGAAACUGCUCAGGCCAAACUGGAAAGAUUAUUGUGCUCCUUACUACUCUGUGGAAUAUUAUAGGACCAUAUAUGCAGAUGCUGUAAAUCCACUAGAAGACAUAAGUGAAUGGAACUGGGAAGAUAAGGCAUCCAUGGACAUCAACUUAAAGCCUCCUCCUUAUCAAAGAAAAACUGGAAGACCAGCAAAGAAGAGGAAGAGGAGCUAUGAUGAACCUGAAACUGUGGUGAAGAAAAGGAAAUGUGGAAAGUGUGGAUCUACUGCUGGUCAUAAUAAGAGAACCUGUGCUGGUGGUGAUGUUGGUAAAAACCCAACUGGAUUCAUGCCAAGCACCGAGUAUGAUGCUGCAAACUGCACCUUCACUAGUAGAGAUCAUCCUGAAAGUAGCAGUGCAAGGGGUAAAGCAAAGGUGAACAAAUCCAGAGGUACAUCUUCAUUUGUUGGUGAGUCAACAGGACCUAAAAACUUUGGAAGAGCACCAACAGAACCUAGCACCCAUGGAUCUACACAAGAUGUUCUGAAUUUCAGUCAGAACUUUACUGGUAUUGGAUCUGUUAGUCAACAUAUUCCUGUCACAAAGGGAAAGCAAAGCAAGGCUAAGAAGAAGUAG